AUGCCAGAGACCAUUCGUUGGGGCAUCCUAGCCACUGGCGGUAUCGCCGUGACUUUUACCAAAGACCUGCUCGUCGACCCGAAGACUCGAGGCGUCGACAAAGUUGUUCAUACUGUGACUGCAGCAGCGAGUUCCAGUGGUGCUUCUCGUGCGAAAUCAUUCCUGGAAGAGGUCGGAGCCCCCUCCGAUGCGAAGGGAUAUGGAUCAUAUGAGGAGCUCGCCAAAGACCCAAAUGUGGAUAUUAUCUACGUAUCCACCCCCCAUUCUCAUCACUACCAAAACGCCAUGUUGUGUCUGGAGGCCGGAAAGAAUGUCCUUGUUGAGAAGGCAUUCACGGUCAAUGCGCCACAGGCACGGAAGCUUGCGGAAAAGGCCAAAGAGAAGAACCUGUUCUUGAUGGAGGCUGUCUGGACGAGAUACUUUCCCCUAUCGAUCUAUGUCCGAGAGUUGAUCACCUCUGGCAAGCUGGGAAAUGUGACCAAGGUGUCGGCAGAUAACUGCGUGGAUUUUAACCCUUACGAGAAUUUUGCCGAUGGCAAGCAUCGCCUGGUCAAUCCCGAUCUUGCUGGCGGCGCGCUUCUGGAUCUUGGCAUCUAUUCGUUGACCUGGGUUUUCCAGACUCUGUAUCAUACUCAACCCGCUGGUGACAGGAAAGCUCCACAGGUGCUGUCAUCCAUCAAGAAGUACGAGCCGACUGGCGUGGAUGAAACGACUACGAUGCUUCUCACUUUCCCACGAACCACCGGAGGAGAUGCUCAUGGAAUUGCAAUGACCUCACUAGCUCUAUCCGCCGAUCCGGAUGGUCAAGGCACCGCUGGUCCUGCCAUACGAGUGCAGGGAAAGAAAGGAGAGGUCCAAGUGUGGGGUCCGGUAUCUCGUCCAACACGGACUAGACUUAUUCUGAAAGAUGGUACUGUGGAAGACAAGACCUGGUCAAUGCCUGGACCAGGAGCCGGCAGUGGGUGGAAGAAUGGGUUUGGGAGCAGCUUGAACGCGGAAGGCGAGGGACAUGGGAUGUUCUGGGAAGCAGAUGAAGCCGCCAUCGCACUCAUUGAAGGACGGAAGGAAAGUAGGUUUGAGGACUUGGAGGAAUCCAUUGUGAUUAUGGAGGUGAUGGAUGAGGUUCGCAGGCAGAAUGGUUUCACACUGCCCGAGAAGAUCGAAACUACCCAGUAUCCAGUUGACCUGUAA